GCUACAAUGAACAGGGCCCCUCUGAAGCGGUCCAGGAUCCUGCAUAUGGCGCUGAUGGGGACCUCAGAGCCUUCGGGAGACGAAGGGAACAGUGAGGAGAAGCCCUUCCUGCUGCGGGCACUCCAGAUCGCACUCGUGGUCUCCCUGUACUGGGUCACCUCCAUCUCCAUGGUGUUCCUGAACAAGUACCUGCUGGACAGCCCCACCCUGCGCCUGGACACCCCCAUCUUCGUCACUUUCUACCAGUGCCUGGUCACCGCGGUGCUGUGUAAGGGUCUCAGCACGCUGGCCGCCUGCUGCCCGGGCUCUGUGGACUUCCCUACACUGCGCCUGGACCUGAAAGUGGCCCGCAGUGUCCUGCCCCUGUCCGUCGUCUUCAUUGGCAUGAUCACCUUCAACAACCUCUGCCUCAAGUAUGUCGGAGUGGCAUUCUACAACGUGGGCCGCUCGCUCACCACCGUGUUCAACGUGCUGCUCUCCUACCUGCUACUCAGGCAGACCACCUCCUUCUACGCCCUGCUUACCUGCGGGAUCAUCAUCGGUGGCUUCUGGCUUGGUGUGGACCAGGAGGGAGCAGAGGGCACCCUGUCUUGGGUAGGCACCAUCUUUGGGGUGCUGGCCAGCCUCUGUGUCUCCCUCAACGCCAUCUAUACCAAGAAGGUGCUCCCGGCGGUGGACGGCAGCAUCUGGCGCCUGACCUUCUACAAUAAUGCCAACGCCUGCGUCCUCUUCCUGCCCCUGCUCCUGCUCCUGGGGGAGCUGCACACCCUGCUGGCCUUCACCCACCUGGGCAGCGCCCACUUCUGGGGCAUGAUGACGCUAGGUGGCCUGUUUGGCUUUGCCAUCGGCUACGUGACUGGACUGCAGAUCAAGUUCACCAGCCCAUUGACCCACAACGUGUCGGGCACGGCCAAGGCCUGUGCUCAGACGGUGCUGGCUGUCCUCUACUACGAAGAGACCAAGAGCUUCCUCUGGUGGACAAGCAACCUGAUGGUGCUGGGCGGGUCCUCUGCCUACACCUGGGUCAGGGGCUUGGAGAUGAAGAAGGUGCAGGAGGAGCCCAGCCCCAAGGAGGACGAGAAGAGCCUCCUGGGGGUGUGAGGAC